UCCUUUUUUCCCCAACCCUAUCUCUAUAAAUUCUCCACUCUCUCCUCCUCUUUCCUCAUUUUCGCUUUCCAAUUUUGACGCAGGUUUCCAAUUUUUUCUUCCUUCCGAGACCUAGCUGUGGUGUUCUCUGAAGUUUCUCUCUCGUCUCCCAACUCUUACGGAGCCUUUGGUGGAAGGCGUCGGAGAGGGGAAGCCUCACAAGGGUUCAGAAGCUGCAGGAUCGGAGGAGCAAGCAAUGGAGGUAUAUGGAAAAUGUAUGGUAGCAGGGCCUACAAAUGUUAUUUUUCUGUCAAGUAUUCUGGGCCGGGAUGGGCCAAUCCCGGGUCACAAAUGCGACUGGAAAUGUGACAAUGAACAUGUUUGCGGGAACAUGUAUCGCUGCAAACUUACAGGAAUCACACACAUCUGUGACAAAAACUGUAACCAGAGAAUUCUGUAUGAUAACCAUAGCUCACUUUGCAGAGUGAGCGGCCAAGUUUUUCCCUUUACGCCGGCAGAGGAACAGGCGGUGAGAGGUGUUCGGAGGAAGCUCGAUGCAGAGAAUUCCCCCAAUGACAGCUGUGCUUUUAAGCGCAGACGGGAUGCCCAAUUUCAUCCUUCUCCUUUUGAGAGAUCCUUCCGUGCUGUUGGUCCAAUCUGCAGUCAAAUUGGAGAUGGCAUGGAUAUGAGCUAGAUAAAUAACUGGAAAAAAAAACUAUCUUUUUUCUUUUUUUUUCCUUUUUCCUUCUUUUUUCAUCCUUAUUAAAAAAAUUUCUCCUUUUUUUUAAUGGACCAAAGGUCGAUGUCCGGAACUUGAUGUGGGUACUUUAAUGGUGGACCUGAUGCGUCCAACCCGUCUGUAGGAACGACUUAUAUUUCUAAUCUUGUUUAAUAAGUUUUAGUACUUCCAGUAGAUUGACUAUUAGCUGGAGAUUUGAACAGGCAUUACACUUUGUAUAAGGGGUUGCUACUGAAACUUGAAUGACAUCCAGUUCCUUUCUAACCCUACUUCUCUAAGUAUGAACUAUAACAAGCUCCGUGGUGCUUUCAGGUCUUUUGCAAAACUGCAAGGCUUGAAUUAUGAUCUUGAUUUGAUAAUUCAGUGAAAUGUUCUUAUUUUUACUGCUUUUAAUAUCUUGUCUUCCUUAUCAUCUCAUUUUUUGUGUGAGCUUGUAUGUUUUGGUGUUUUGUGCUUAGUCGGUUUGUUUCAAUUUAUAUUGGAUUUGAUUGGGUUAACAUGUUCUUAACUUGACUAUUAACAAUCCUUUUUCUUAUGAAUGCGUAGUUCCCUUUGUUUCCAUAAUUACAGAAAGGUUUCUAUGACCUGAUAAUAGAUCAUGGUUCUUUAGAUAUAUUGUUGAGCUUAUGCAGCACAGGUUUUUGCCAGAUCAAACGAAGGGCAUUUUGGAUUGUAAAUCUGGUAGAAACUUGCUUCUGUUUCUUUCCUCUUUCUAUUGCAGGUUGAUGGGGAUGAUCCAGUAUUUCCUAUAUUAUAAUUGUGAACUAGAUUAUCUUUUAUGCUUUUCCUCUGUUUUGAUUCAUGGGGUCCUGAAAUUAAUGUUAAUUUUGCAGGGAUUGAAGCUUGUGCUAUUCAGGAGAGUUGAAAAUUUCUUAUUGCUAGAAAUGAAUUAAUUGUUUUGUUUUAGAAAUUUGUUGAAAUGGAAUUUGUGGGGGUUCUCAUAUGUAUUAUUAUCCUUCUUAUAUGCAGGACAUUAAUUCUUCCUGUGGCUGGUGCAAAAGAAAGCAGAGUACUGUGAACAAUGCUGAUGAACGGGAUCCAUCCGCAUUCUGCCCAUGGACUUCAUGUAUCUGGCCUGGUGCAGCUCAAGUUGUGUUUGCUGAUAGAAGCAUUACGAGUACCUAGUCCGUGGUUUGCCAGCCCUUCUUGAUGUUGCUGCCCCCUUCAAUUACGUAGAAAGUGAGGAUUGAUUCAUUUACUUGAAAUCGUCCUCAGUCUAUAUCUUGUUUCUAUGGCAGUGGCUCUAAUGGAAGAAUUUGAAAUGGCUUUAUCAGAUUUCUCCUCUAAAUCUACCUUCCUUGGUACGGCUUGCCAGUAAAUAUUUUGGAUGCUAGCAAGACCAGUAUAAUCCCUUAGAAGGUGGCCUUGAAGUCUUUGUGAGUUUCAUGUGAUCUGUGGACGAAUGGGCAGUUAGUUAAAAAAUUCUUCCAUCCCCCUUGUAGACUCCUCAUUUUUCCCGUGACACGUAUAGGUUACUAUUCAAGUAAAUCAUUGUAAUUCAUUGACUUUAUUGGGAGCUUCUGGGUGGAUAAUUAUGGAACUUUGACGUGGAUUACAUAAUGUGAUCACAUAAACCUUUGAAUUUGAA